AUGUGGUUUUCGCUUAUUUUGCUCGCGACAGCUGGCAAUUUUCAGCUCAUGUCAGGCAAACUCUACAUAAAUGCAUUUCAGUAUGUCAAGGAAGAUUUAAAUUUUGUUACAGCUGCCAUAGUGGAACAAAAAUUUGGCAAAGUAAACAUCACUAAAAGUGCAUCCGACGGUUUCUAUUGUGAAACUGUUCGUUUUCCAACUCCGUUUCAAAGUGGAGGAACGAUCAGAGUUUUACCUUCAUUGAGUUAUGAAGAUCACCCUGAAAAUGAAAAUGAGGCAUCGGUCGCGAUUUUAGACUCAGUUGAUAAAAAUUCAUUUUCAAUCUGUCUUAUGGAACCAGCUGAACCAACAGGAAGAAUGACCCUCAAUUGGUUUGCGUUCAGUGACGGUUUCUUACCACCGGGGGUCGUGACUGGAACUGUUUCUUACAACGGUUUCACGAGUGGAAGCGUUUGUACCGACAUCAGUUUUGCAAAGACUUUCAAGGGCACACCAAAGAUUUUCCUUAGCGUCCGACGCGUUGGAAAUACCGAACGAAAAGACGUGAUGACCUUUUGGGCAGAAGAUGCGGCAGAAAAGCAAUUUCGGGUUUGCUUGAGGGAAAUGGUUUCCUUCUCUGGAACUCACGAGAAUAUGCAUAUUGAUUGGGUUGCGAUGGAAAAUACAUUCAGCGGGAACAUGACGGACCUUAGUUCAAUAAUGUUCCCUAACACUGAUCAACCCUCUUCUGAUGAUAAUUAUGCAUAUUGUCAGGUCCGAAAUUUCUCACGCCGCUUCUAUGAGCCGCCCGUAGUUCUUGUCAGCGCCCGCCGUAAACAAAACUUAUUGGACACGGACCAAAAUAUUGCAGUGUGGAUUAAGGCUGUUAGCGUCACAGCAUUUGAGGUGUGCAUAAAAGACCUCCCUGGAAUAAUUGGGAAUCACGAACCAAUAACAGUCGACUAUUCCGCUGUAGGAGAUCUUGACCCAUGUCUGUACGUUACAUGUAAAAUGUUCGCAGUUUGUCGUGCAUUUGGUCCCUACGAUGCACGAUGUGUCUGUGUGACAGAUUGUCCUUCAGUCGAACAAAAACUCUGCGCUUCAAACGGACAAACUUUCAACAAUGUUUGUUUAUUCCAACUAAAAGUUUGUCAAACCAAAGCAAACUAUACGAUUUAUCAUCGCGGGAGUUGCAGAGAUUUUCCUAUCACAAGAGGCCGAAGAUACGUCGCUGAUGUUCCUAACUGGUCUCGUUCACAUUGUCAAACUGUUCAAUUCGACCUGUUAUCUUUCUAUCCGAACAAGCCUGUUCACGUGCAGAUCAGCGUGAGCCACGUGAAUGACUCGGGGCAAGUUCAUGAAGCCGCAGUAUCGUGGGUAGAAGAUGUGAGCGACACUCAUUUCAAAUUUUGUGUAAUGGAGUCAGGAAGAAAUGAAGGGCCGCCUCAUGGAUUUGCUACUGUUGAGUAUAUGGCUUAUCAAGGCGCUCCCAGCGGAGGGUUGGCCGGAUCGGUGCUGAUUCCAGAAUGGUGGACUGGAUCCAAGUGCCAAUAUUUCACUUUGCCAAAGGGGUCUUUUUACUCAACACCAACGGUCUUGGUGACAGCAGAACAUCAUCGACUUGGUCUUAAACACGACGCUGCAUCACUGUGGUUGGAAGACGUCAUUAGAUACUCAUUUAAAGUGUGUAUGCGUGAAUUACAAAACUUUGAUGGACCUCACCAAGAUAUUUACGUGAAUUGGAUUGCAUUUGAAACUCUCGAACGGCCUAUUUUCACAGAACAAGGUUCCAAUCAUUUCGUCUGGACUUCCAAGAAUCCUUCGUCCAGCACCAAUUAUGCACAAUGCAAGGAUGUCACUUUUAAUGCCAACUAUACCAAACCACCAACGGUGUUAGUUUCUGCGAAGCACAAUACAUCAGGAAAUAAUGUUGAUCCAAAAAACAAUGGAAUCUCCACAUGGAUUGAGACUAUUACAGAUGCAUCUUUUAGAAUAUGUUUUAAAGAGUUACAUAGCACCAAUGGUUAUGAUCCUGUUACAAUAUCCCAUGUUGUCUUAGGAGAAAUCUGUGAUUCGGGCUGGAUAUACUUCGGAGGAUAUUGUUAUAAGAUAAAAACUUCGUGUGAAACGUGGAAAAACGCCUCAACAACGUGCAUGGGUUAUGGUUCAACUCUGGCUAGAAUUGAAAGUGCUGAAGAGGAUGUCUUCGUUCAAAAUCUUCAUUAUGGAAAGCAGCCAUCUUGGAUCGGAUUGAAUGAUCAAGCAAAUGAAGGGAUAUAUUUGUGGAGCGAUGGCGGACCUGCCUCCUACACAUACUGGGAUCCACAAGCAUCCACACCUUACAGCGAGACUGAGGACUGUGUUCAGAUUUCAGGGAAAGAUACGAAAUACCACUGGCAAUCAUCAUCAUGUGACAAUUGUCGAGGCUAUACGUGUAUGAAAGAUUAUGAUGAGUGCACCCAAAAUACCCACGCUUGUGACCCUAAUGCUGAUUGCAAAAACACCGACGGUUCAUAUACAUGUCACUGCCGAAGUGGCUUUACCGGCAAUGGAAAAGAAUGCAGAGAUGUGAACGAGUGCUCCCUAAACAUUUGUGCGCCAAGUGCCAAUUGUAUCAACACAGCGGGCUCCUACACGUGUCAUUGUAGGAAAGGGUAUACCGGUAACGGUCGAAAAUGUACAGAUGUGGACGAGUGCUCCAUAAUUAUUGACGGUUUGCAAUCUUGUGACUCAAACGCAGAUUGUAGCAACACUGCUGGUUCCUAUAUUUGUCGAUGUCGAAGUGGUUAUGAAGGUGACGGGUUUUCUUGUCUGGUGUCGUGCGGGAAUCCUGGGUACCCACGUAAUGGGUACGCAAGAGGAAGUACGUAUACUGAAGGAUCAACGGUGACUUUCCGUUGCGAUCACAGUCAUUACUAUCUGUAUGGGGCAUCUUCUACUACAUGUCUGUCAAACGGCGUAUGGAGCAAUCCAACUCCUAGUUGUAGCUAUAGGUAUGGAAGAUAGGACUGUGGAUUGCUAUUGAUGUUUGGAUUUUAAAACCGCUUUUUAAGAAUGAACUAAAAUGCACGUAGACUAGCUAACAGACUAAGAUAAAAUGUUGGCAAAAACAGUUAUAAAUGUGUAGUAUCGACUUAAUGAAAAGCCUAUUACAUUGUGAUUUAAUUUUAUUUUACU